AUGUCAAUCUCCAAACCAGAGUCAGACGUAAUCCUCAAUCGCGCAAACGUCGCCCUCGCACGGAGCCAACGUCUCGUGGCAUCAUGGCUUCCCGCACAAACAGACGAGGAGCUCACAAACGUCAAGUCCGAGGAGGAGCUACAACGGGAAGAGGAUGAGAUCUUUACUGCAGUGCCUGAGACGUUAGGAGUCGGAGCGCCUCUCCCCGAAAAAGCUGCCGAUGGAAGCUGGAACCGCACCGAGCUCGGCUCGAACGAUAAGCUGCGCAAGCAAUUGCUGGGCAAGAAUUAUGACAAGAUUAUGAAGGCGUCUGCGUCGAAUCAGCCGCUGCCUUCAAGGACUACUCCUAAAUCUGCGGAACUGGUCCAAGGUCCUGGGAACAAAGAAGAGGAAGAUGACGAGGACGAGGAAGGGCGUACAGCACUCGUGGGCAAGAAGAAAACCAAUAAAAGGAGAGGAAAGGACGAUACGCGUCAAGGCUCGGCACAGGAUACUGGUGCGGAGGAUCCUGAGAAUAAGGCAACGCCUGCUGCUGCGGCCCAGGCGCCUUCUUCUCGUGCUGCAUCCUCGAAGGGCAAAAAGAAGGCUACGAGUUAUUUGGAUGAGAUCUUGUCUGAGAGGGCCAAGAAGAGGAAGAAGAGGUGA